GCUCAUCCUACCAGGCGACUUAGGCGAUUAAGUCGCCCUGCACGCGGCAACUUCGCUUUGUUCUAAGAUCAAAGCGAAGUCAACAUCGCCGACUUUUUCAAAGAUCAAAAAGUCGGUAUCGCUAAGAACUAACACGUGUCAAAACAGAGCGAUUCCGCCUCCCGCCUGUCAGCUCGAUUGACAAACAACCAAUCGUGUUAAACCUAGUAUAUAUGCUCCAUUGACUUCGGCCAAUGAGAACGCUUGUUUUAUUCAAUCGAGGCACGUGUUUGCACCAUUGACUUUGUGUACAUGCACUACGUCAUCGAUGUAAUAAAAUUGUAAGGGAUUAAUAUUUACAAACGUCGAUGUUUGUAAAUGUCAUUUAGUGCCAAUUAGGAUUUAUACUUUAUGACAAUAGCGGUUUAAAUGAUGUGCACUGAUGACAAAUGAACUUAAUUGGAUGUGAUUACCGCGAAGUUAGCGAGAAGGGCAAGUGCGAAUCACAGAUCCAGGUUUGUUGUUUUUUAUUUCAGAAAUGCUUCCAUUAUUAUUUUUUCUUCGAACGGUUCACAUCAAUAUUCUAUAUAUGAGAUAUUUUGCAUUCUGUUUAAUAGUAAUCAUGCUUUAUACGUGGCUUCUGCGGGAUUCCCCAGGUCUGAAACGUAAAGCUGACGAUGUUGAUAGUGGUGACAUGAUCGACAGUACAAAUAAGAAAUCAUUCAAAAAGUCAAAUUAUCAAAAUAAUUUCAGUUGGUACAAACAAGAUGCAGAUAAAAAAUGGCACUGUGAAGUUUGUAGAGGUGCUAAGUUGGACAACACCUACGCCCGUGGACAUGACCAACCAGCAAAAACAACCAAUCAUCAGAGACAUGGCUUGUCAAAUCAGCACAAGGCCGCCUUGGAGAUGACAGUUCUGCGUUCCCAGGAACCCAUGAAGAAAAUUGUACUGGCCAAACUGUCCAAGGAUGACGAGCUUGGGGUCAAGCUCCUUAAGACUGCCUACCACCUGGCCAAGCAGGAGCUCCCCAAGGAGGAAUUUCAGUACCACCUCCAGUUUGCCGGGGCCAUAGGUGCUGAUCUCGGCUGACCUUGAGACCUACAUUGUGUAGACUGAUCAAGUGUAUAGUGCUUCUUGUUUUGCGAACUAGGAUGUGAUGAUAUAUUGACUACUUUUUUUUUACAAUUGAUGUCAUGUUGUUUGAUUUCAGCUAGUUUUGUUUGUAUUUAUAAGCUUAUUUUAUUUAUUUAUCAUGUAUUUAAAUUCUGAUAUAUAUUUAUGUGUGCAUGAUAGGUGUGCAUGUAAUAAAAUGUUUAAAACUUGACUUUUUUUUAAGGUAUAUACAACAAGUUAAUUCCAACUAAAAACAACCAGUAUCGCUAUUUUAAAACAAUUUAAACACCUAUUUAUUUUACACCUAUUUAAAUGCAUAGAAAAGUUGUUCAGGACACACCAGAACCCACCAUUUGACAUUUAAAAUCUCAAAAUUUUCCGACCUGCAAGA